AUGAGUAAGAAACUUGGUUUUAAUAUAUCUGAUAUUCUUUCUCAACCUGUUACUUCAUCUGUAUCACCAACAACAUCAUCAUCUUUAUCAACAACAUCAGAUUUAGCAACAUCUUCAAAUGAUUAUCAACAAGUUGAACCUUCUUCAAUUUCAUCAAUAAUACCAAUCAAUGAAACUAAUAAUCAUUUAUCAAAUUAUGAACAAUUAAUGAGAGCAUCAUCGAUUUAUCGUAAUCAAGAUUAUUCUUUAUUACCCAUUGUUAAUGGAACUUAUCCAUGGAUACAAACAGAUAGUGUACUAAAAGAUCGUUUUUCGUUAUUCCAUAAUCAACGACGUUUAGGUCAUCCAUAUCAAAAUCGAACACCACCAAAAAGAAAAAAACCUCGAACAUCAUUUACUCGUUUACAAAUUCUUGAAUUAGAAAAACGUUUUCAUCGACAAAAAUAUUUAGCAUCAUCCGAACGUUCUCAAUUAGCUAAAGGUUUAAAAAUGACAGAUGCACAAGUAAAAACAUGGUUUCAAAAUCGUCGAACAAAAUGGCGACGACAAACAGCUGAAGAACGUGAACAAGAACGACAAGCAGCAAAUCGUCUUAUAUUAACAAAUUCUCAUCAUCAUCGUUCAUUAUCAUCAAGUCCAAAAUUACCAUCACCAUCAUCUCAUCAAAUAUCAACUGAUAAUAAUAAUUCAUUAAUAUAUUCAAGUGCAUCUUUAAAUGCUUUACAAAAUUUACAACCAUGGUCAACACCAUCAAAUCAUUCAAGUUUAUCAUCAAGAUCAUCAUUAUCAGAUGAUAGUAAUCAUCGUACAAAUAAUCGACAAUAA